UCACACUGAGUCUUCUCAAAUUCCUUUCCAGCCUUCCCUCAAUCAGGUAAUUCCAAUCCAAACUUGUGCAAACUCGUUUUUUUCUCUGAGAGCUGCAGUAGGCGACAAGCGUGUGGGAUACUUCGAGCUCUGUUUACAAGCAAGUCAUGGCUUAACCACAGCUCAACGCUGCGAGACCUGGCCCCCCUGGAACAGGGCUGAACCAGGACAGAAGAUGGAUGCAGGGCAUUCAGAUCUAUCAAGUUGCCCACUUGUGCUCGAUGAUAUCCAUGUUGAAGGCAAGUCAGAAAGACCUAGAGUUAUCUCAAAAAGCGGACACAGCAAUGUGAAAAUUGACAAGGUGGAAGGAGUUUUCCUGCUUUACCUCCAGGAUUUGUGGACCACUGUAAUUGAUAUGAAAUGGAGGUACAAGCUCACUCUGUUUGCAGCUACCUUCUUUUUGACAUGGUGCUUCUUUGGUGUCAUCUAUUUUGUCAUUGCCAUCUGUCAUGGUGAUAUGAAUAUUGAACCUUUGUCAAAUCAUACACCCUGUGUUAUGAACGUUGACUCCUUUACCGGAGCUUUCCUCUUUUCAAUGGAGUCUCAGACAACGAUUGGCUAUGGCUUCCGUUUUAUCACGGAAGAGUGUCCACAUGCCAUUUUCAUGCUGGUGGCCCAAUUGGUCAUUACAACAUUAAUUGAAAUUUUCAUCACAGGCACCUUCUUAGCCAAAAUAGCUAGACCCAAAAAACGUGCAGAGACUAUAAAAUUCAGCAACAAGGCUGUUAUUACUAAACACAAUGGAAAACUUUGCCUUGUGGUACAAGUGGCCAACAUGAGAAAGAGCCUCUUAAUACAGUGCCAACUUUAUGGAAAACUUCUUCAUUCAUACGAAACCAAAGAAGGUGAGAAGAUCCUUCUUCAGCAGGCCAACAUGAACUUCAAUGCGGACUCUUCUUCUGAAAGUCCAUUUUUAAUCUUACCAUUGACAUUUUAUCAUGUGCUUGAUGAGAACAGCCCACUUAGGGAUCUAACGGUGGACAAUAUCAAGACAAAGGAUUUUGAACUUGUCGUUCUUCUGAAUGCCACCGUGGAAUCUACCAGCACAGUAUGUCAGAGCAGGACAUCGUACCUUCCCGAGGAGAUGUACUGGGGCUACGAGUUUGUGCCGGUUGUUUCUUUAUCUUCCCAAGGGAAAUAUGUUGCUGAUUUCAGCAAUUUUGACAAAAUCAGAAAAUGCAAAGCCAUAGAAACUAUUUAUCUUGCAGAUUUUGAGAAAUGCAAAUUGGAGGAAACGUACAGACAACAAGAAAUAACAGACAGAGAGAGGCAAACCAAUGUUUAAUUAGCAUAAAAUUGUAUUUUUUUCAAGUGACAAAAGUAGUCAAGGCUGAUGGAAUAAAGGCUUGAGGAAUUAAUGCGCCUUGAUCAGUAAUAGCUGCACCAUGUUAGUAUGGUCGGUAAAAAGAAAACUCAUUAAUUUUUUGGAUACACUGGAACUGGAUUAAGCAAUUGCAUAGUCUGGGAAAUUGAAAAGCUUUCCGCCUGCUCUAGUGGAAGUCUCCAAAAUGACCAAAAUUAUAUUAAAAAAUAUAAACUAAAAACAUACACACACAUCCAAAAGACAUACAGUAGUAGACACCAAAAUAGAAUAUGUGAACAAAGGUCCUCCUUGUAUUCAUACAAGACAGCAACAUGGACAAUGCAGGCACGUGAGGCAGGACAUCAAUUGAGUAAGACUUUCAGUGGACAAUAAUCGCACCAUUAUCCUUUUUGUCUCUUACAUUUUGUAUCAUUAUUUGAACCAUGCACUGUUUGAUAAAGAGAGUGUUGUAGGAAUAUACCUGACUUAUUAGCCUACUGUAAAUGUUUGUUAGUUUCUCUAAGUCCAUAGACCUUAGAAGUCUAGUUGUGAGGAACAUCAAUCUUUGCAAUGUUUUAUGAGACAGGAACAUGAAAGAAGCAAAGUGUAGGAUGAUGCAGGCAGUCUGUUAUUUGAAAGCCAGUACCAAAUACAACUCUUAAUGGGGGUACAGGGGGUAGUCCAGUCAUCGGCAAACAGGGGUACCAAGAGUUGCAAAGGUGCAACUAACAGGGUUGCAUAGGGGGUUAGUUAAGCAGGUAGAGAACAUGGUUUUGGCACAAUGGGGUAUAUCAUGGGAGUGACCGUGCAUGGGAAAUUUUUUCAUUAGGGUCCCCUAUUUCUGGUAGACAGGGCCCAGGAAGCCUGGGUAACUGGUGGGCUAAUAAUCAGGGCUCCAUGUGGGGAAGGCUUUUCUAACUUAGUAGUAUGGAGCCCGAUGAUUACUGACAGUGGUCCUGUGCUUACUACAAGGUUAUACCUACACUGCAAUUUUAUCUCACGUGACACAUGGGCAGCACACUGCCAUACUGAGGAGACUGCCAUCAUGGAAAUGGCCAGACACAUUGAGUGACCUUAAUCGUUGACUCUACUGUUGACUUCUAGGGGUGAAUGAUAGCUGUGACUGACAUGAGGUAAUUAUCUCAUUGAGACCCUAGAGCAAUGAUGUCACCAACAUUAUUUAAUUGUGAUGACUUCAUAACACAGAAGUCACAUGACAACUUGAUUUAGCAUUGUAGAAGGUCUUUGGUUACAUGGAUAUCUACCGCUGUGGGAAGCAUUGUAUAUACAGUAUAUAUUGCGCAGAGCUGGAGUAAUAAUUAUUUUCCAGGCUCCAGUGCACUUUGGGAGAAGAUAGGUCCCCCCAUUUUCAUAACUGUAGUGGCUGUCAAUCUUAUACUCAAAGCCAAUCAUAGAGUGCCGCACAUGGACCAUGGGCUCCUUUAAGAAUCUGUGAUCAAAGACCAAUUGUCUUUCUCACUUUUUUCAAAAACACUUCUUAAUUUCAAAUGUUAAUUAUGGAAGAGAAACUUGUAUCCUGUGACGAUCAGUUUUCUGGAAGCUGAUCUGCUGCUAAUAUUUAUCUGUAAUCUAUUGGAAGUAAAUUAAAAUAGUCACUGUAAAUUUACUAUGUAUGUGAAUAUUGUUUUGCACCUUUUUUUUUAAAUACACGUCCAUUUGUGUGCACAAUUUUAUAUUUGUUAUACGGUGGUGGGUAUUCUGUAUUAAAGAGCCAACCUGUGUUUGUAUUGCAGAAUUUCCAUUUGCUGCUGUAUAUCAUUGCCAGUACUAUGCAUUUUUUGUGGAUUGUUGUCAAUAAAAUUAUAAUUUGAA